UAUGUACACAUAGUAUAUACAGUGUGGUGAAGGUAAUAGGUGUUCAAUACAGCCACAGGCCUACACUCAUACAGAGGUGUAUAUCGGAACUGUCUGUGUACGUAACUUGUGCACUGACGUCUUAAAUACCUCGGGAUCUUACAUACACAGUUUGAAGCAGUUAACAUCAUGCCAGUAGGAGAUCAGAGGCGAGGAACCCAUGAUCGUGGUCGCCAUGGUCACGAUCAUGCCGCUGCCAAGACAACGAGUAAACCUCGGAGACCAUCUUCGUCUGCCAGUAAUCGGAAAACCUCAGUUACGGCAGCACAAAGAGAUGGUGUGAAAUCAGCGAAAAGUGCCGAACAGGACCGACAAGUCACGAAGUCUCCCGAAGAUUUGGAAUUGAGAUCUCUCACAAAUGAUUCCAUGGCGACAAAAGAAGAUGAACUGAUUUAUUCGAAUGGACAAGUUGACACCAACAACGAUAUGAAAGCGAACGAAAUCGAACAAAAAUCACCCGAACCAGAAAAAGAAGAGGAGAAACUGGAAGAAAAAUGGGCAGAAAAGGCUACAGAUGAAUACAAUAUCCGCUCUUUCAAUGAUAAUAUACUUGAAUUCACUGAAAUAUUCGACAACGACAAAUUCAAAACUGUGGAUUCUGCCUACCCCGUUGAAGAUCUGAUUUCUGUCGUAAACUCUGUUUCCAGUGCGAUUGAUGAAUUUAAGGAACAGACUUUAGCCUCACAGGUGAAGCUAGAGGGGCUCCGAGAGAAGAUGAAGGAGGUCAAGGAGGCCAUACAUCACAACAUCGCCAAAAACGCCGUGCAGCUGCCAGAUGAUGAGGUAGGCGUAGAGGAAAGAGAGUUGACCGAGAAGUUGACCCGUCUUAAUGCAGAAGUCGCAAAGGCUAACGCUGACCUAUCCGAGGCACUCCGAUUGUCAGCCGAAACCGAAAGUACAGCCGUAAAGGCACAGCUAGCAGCGGAGAGGGCAAAGGAAGAGGCCAAACGAAUAGAAGAGGAGCUCGAACUGAAAUCAAAAGUAGAGGCCAAACGAAAGAUUGAACACCAGAAAAAGAUGGACAUCCUCCAAAAGCAGAAGGAGGAGGAAGACCGAAUGGAACUGGAAACAAGAAGGCAGAAAGAAAUUGAAUGGAAACGGAAGGAAUUGAACGCUGGCGAAAAAGGACCAGUUUGGGAAAAAUGGCCGACCCACGAGAUCAACAUUGUCAGCGACGCUCACGAGAUUGGUGUUGGAUGCAUGGUGCGUGGCAAUCCGGCUACAUUCGACCAAUCAAAGCUGGGGUUACAAGUCGUUGACCAGAUGCAAUGUAAAAUGACAUAUGAAACACAAGAGGAACUCGUCAGUUGUGUCCUGAAACUGACCAACAAAGCAAACGAACAACAAAACUUCGAGGAGCCAAUCUUUGUCGCAGUCCCGUUCCAGCUGUCUCGUUCAUCCGCGUCGUCAAGGGAACCAUUCAUCAAAGCGGAAGUAGAUGGCGAAUGGAAGGAAAUUCCUUCAAGGGAGGUCAUCUUUGAAAGCUACAAGGAUGUAAAGUUUGCCCAGGCAGAGAUAAAGGGGCAGACAACCCUGGCUGUGAUGACGAGGUAUAAGAGUGAUUACGUCACACUUUCGAAGCGGCCAACAAAGAUAGUAUCGUCAUAUGACCACCGCGUGACUCUUACCAUCCUGAAAGACACUUUUAACGCGAAAGAGCUCUUCCGAAUGCAGGUCCAGCCUGUGGAUUCCGCUACUAUUAGUGACAUGCAAACAAGACGGAGGGAAUGUAAAGGUUUAUUAACCUCCAGUCCUAUUCUACAAACCGACUGGGAGUCCACCACCUUUGCUAAACCUAUCACGGUGACCAUCCCAUGUCCUCCGAAUCCUGCGAAAGCCAGAAAGCUGGCACAAAUUCGGAAGAUGAAGGAGGAGAAAAUGAAACACCCCGUCAGGGCUCCGGUCAUUGAUUUUGAGAAGGAGGCAAGGAAAGAGGAGGAGAAGAAAAAGGCGCGUCAGCAGAAAGAGACGCAGAUGGCAGAGGUGGAGAAAGUGACAACGAAAUGGUACAUGGGGGAGUACGGCCAUAAUGACGACGACGAGAAUGAUCUGCUGCAUUUCCUGUCCAUGUCUCAUACCGGGAAGUGGACCUACCAUCCAGAAAUCAAGGUUCAACAAGCCAAACUAGACCUCCUCCAGUUUACCUUAACACAGCCGUUUGAAAGAUUUAUGGUACUACGCACGCGCACAAACAUUGCAGAGGAAAACACUCCUGCGAUGGCAUCCGCAAUUUUCACAUUCUUGUCCAAACGUUUUGCACAGAUCAUUGUAAAACAAAGGAGUGACGAUCCGUUUGACUGUCUGAUCAACGUUGUGCCUGUCUCAAAAACACAGAAAGUUCUCAAGCGUCUCAAUGAUACCGGAUAUGACGAAGGACCGGAACCCAGCAGUAUCGUGAAUAUCAAUGAGGGUGACGUCAUCGAAGUAUCCUUCCGCGGGAAUGUCAAAAACUCAAAGGACAAAACACUCCGAGUGAGAUAUAACACAAACCUGAAGUCCGAAAUAGGAUGUUAUGUGGCAGAGGUGGACCAGUAUUUACAGAAAAAUUUCAGCGUUUAUCGAGGUGUGAUUCAGCUUGAACGCUGUUAUAUCGUCAAACCGUGCCGGAAGUUAAAACGGUCACCGUCCGUGGUCGAUGAGAAUGCCGUUGCGAGUGCUUUGGAAACCAAGAAGGAGCAUCUCUGUGAGAUAUCGAUCAACAUUCCAAAGUACCACAUCGAGCCUGCGUACAUCCCAGUUACCGCCCCUGUAACCAUCAUAAAAACCACAGAUCCCGUGGAUGACGACCUCAUACGAGAUCUUGCACGAGACAUGGGAGAUGAAUGGAAAAGGGUAGCUCAGUUGUUGAACGUCAGCCGCGCACGAAUACAAGCAAUCUUGAGGAAUGUCCAAAUCAGUGACAAGUCGGAAGAGGAUGCGCGUUACGAAAUGUUGCUUAACUGGCUCAAGAAAAUGCCAAAAUCUACCGACAAGGUGGCAGUGCUCAGUAGUGCCCUGGUAAAAGGGGGACGUGCAGACCUUGCGGAAGAUGUCAGAUCAAAAUGGCGGACUUUCCAGAGCAGCCAGCAUGUGGCGGCCUACUGAGCAGAAGUCAUCUCCAUGGAAACGCUUUAGUUUUUAAAAACUGUCAUAGGAUAUCGGUAGGGCAUAUAUCAUUACACUUAAGAUAUGAGGAAGUGUCAGAAAAUUCUUGACAUUCGCCUAAAAGUGACCUUGCCUCAACAAGAGUGAUCUUGACGUCAUAAGUGCUCUCUAGUUGUCUCUACGCUGAACAGAAGCAUCGCUCCUAUUAGAGAUUACCAAUACGUUAUUGGGUACACAGUCGACCCACCGAUAGACAAACUAUACAAUUCUUACUACCUUCCAAUAGCGCAAUACUAUAAGCAAAAAGCCCGAUAGAGAUUUACCGCAAUAAAAAUAUUCAUUUCAUGUUUCUUUUAAAUAUCGGUUGUAGAAUAAUGGAACUCAUUCUUAAAGACCUAAACCUGCGUUAAAAGUUUUAUAUUGUGUCCAUUUAAUAAAACACAUUUCGAUGGUGUUUAUAUGGUGUUACAAAACACAGGAUGAAGUGUAACAUCCUGUUUAUCCGUUUACGUUAAGUUUUCCAUAAGACGCAAAGAGUGAACAAUGCAGGCCACCCUAUACGCUUGAUUUAUAAUAGAGUUACCUCCCUUUUAAAUACCAACAGAGGUUCCGAUUAAUUAGCUAAAUAACCAUUAGUAAAAGGCGGGGUUUUUUUUUAACGUAAAACCCUUUCGGAAAGAAGGUUAAUACCAAAGGAAGGUAGUAUGUUUCCCAAAACAAAGUAUUACCGGUCCAGUAUUUGGACAUCUGUUGAUAAACAUAAUUCAAUUUCUCCUGAGGUAUACUUUUCUUAACCCUUUCACCUCUGUAGACCAUAAUGGACUCAUUCAGAUCAAUGGAUGAUAGAGUCUACCGAAGUUACAUAGGGGUGAAAGGGUUAAUUUGCAAUUAAUCAUUUAAACUAUCCUUUUUAAUACAAAAUGUUUAUCUUUAUAAUAAAAGGCAAAACAGACUUGUGUAUUUAAAGACAUAACAAAAGAUGACGACUUGUUCCUUUGGUAGGGGUCUGUUUAACACACUGCUAUUUACAAUGUAUUUAUAUUAUUUCUGUUGGCAGAUAGUGUGAUAUGUUUAAGGUACAGUAAUGUUGUAAAUCAAAUAUCGUGAUCAUAUUAUGGGUAAUAAGUUCUCAUUAAUUAAAUAUGAAAAAUAUUUUUCUGAGACAAACUGCAAAUGAGAAGAUAAUGUGAUCGUUGUUAUACAUUUUGUAUGGAGUUAAAUGCCAUAUAAGGAGUAAGUUCGUCCAUCUCCUAUUCUGAAGCCUUAUUAUUAUACAUUAAUAUACAUAUCAUGUAUUAGCGAUUCUGUGAUUUCAAGUUAGUUUUACAUUUGUUCCGUACUAUUGUUACAAGUAUUAUAUACAUGUACCCUAUAUUUGUUUUGUUUCCGUCCGUUAUAUGAUGUUUAAUUGAAAGAAAUUCAAAUGAAACAUCAAAAUUUCGCUAAUUGCAACUGAAUGUAAAAUAUUAUUUUUGCUAUAAGCUCGUUGAUGACUGUUUGCAUUUCAUCGAGUCAAAAUAUUAUUUGUUAUUUUCACCAGUAAACAGUGUACAAGAAUACAGUUUUAUAUAUAAAAGAAAACAAAAUAUGUAUAUCGAGUUGCAUGCCACUCCAAAGUAAAUGCCUUCAUAAAAAUCGGAUGCUUGAGAGAAUUAUAUUUUGAUAGAGAAAACUGUUGAAACGCUACAUAUUAUUUCGUGACCAAUUAUGUAUAUUGCACAUUGUAGAUAUAAUGCUAUAAUUUAUAUUAUUUAUGUAUUAUCAUUACAUUGUAGUUAUAAUUUAUAUUAUUUAUGUGUUAUCAUUACGUUUCCAUUGCCUGUUAGCUCUAUGUAUAUCACCCUGCAAUGAAUCAUUGUUAUUAGAAGAAAUGCAAAAAAUAAAAAUAUUUUAUAACUUUUGUUUUCAAAUAAAAAAGUAUAUAAACUGAUUUUCAAAAUAAAUAUCAGGAUGCAAUCAUUAAGAGCCAAUAAGAUGUGAAAGCCCUUCAUUAUUCAAUGGAUAUUAGCACUACUUUGAAUAUAUCACAAAUCGCGAGAUACUCAUUAUCAUGGAAAUUCGCAAAAUGAAUUUAAAUAUCUUUCACAGAAACAGAACUUAACAAGGAACUUAUAACGGUCGUUAUUCCAUUUGCUAAUUUCGUGUCGUUGGAGGCAGAAACGCUUAUAUAUGAUGCCGAAAUUUAAAUAAUCAAUAGUUGUCAAGUUUUAAGGAGAUUCUAAUCAAAGUGUCGCAAUAUUCUGUCCGUGUUUUAUGUGACUUUUUGUUUGUUUGUUUUUUUAUUCAGACGUUUGUCCACAAACCAUAAACUUAGAACCAAUGUGGAUAGAAUAGACUGCACUACAUAUUGAAAUAUAUUAAAGUUAUUUUGACAUGAAAUUAUUAUCUAAUUUUACAAGUAAAGGGAAAUUGUGUAACGUUUAUCCACACAAUAUAUGAACUGUUUUUGAACCAUUGUACAUUCCAUGCAAUUAUGACGUAAUAUUAAAUGAGUUUCCGCUCUACAAUGUGAAGCUGGGAUCUUGUUAAAUCAACAUUAUAAUAAAAAAA